CGGUUAUUUGUUGAGUCAAAGUAUGUCUGGCAGAGGAAAACAAGGUGGAAAGGUUCGUGCUAAGGCGAAGACACGUUCUUCCCGAGCUGGUCUGCAGUUCCCUGUCGGCCGUGUGCAUAGGCUUCUUCGCAAGGGUAAUUAUGCCGAGAGAGUAGGGGCCGGCGCACCCGUGUAUCUGGCAGCGGUGUUGGAGUAUCUGACUGCAGAGAUAUUGGAGUUGGCUGGUAACGCUGCACGCGACAACAAAAAGACCCGUAUAAUUCCACGCCACCUGCAACUCGCUGUUCGUAACGACGAGGAGCUCAAUAAGCUGCUCGGAGGGGUCACCAUUGCUCAGGGAGGUGUUCUACCCAACAUCCAGGCGGUGCUCUUGCCCAAGAAGACCGAGAGCCACAAGCCUGCCAAGAGCAAGUGAGUGCGGUAAUCGGUAACCUCAGGGCAAUUAGCCAACACCACCAAAGGCUCUUUUCAGAGCCACCCAUAAUCUCUGGAACAAGCUAUAUCUGUCUUGC